CAUCACAUGACACAGAAGAAGUAGGAGGAGGAAAGUUUGUUUCCUGGCAUGGUCUGAAACUGCUGCAAUAAUUUUAUAAUUUUAACAGCCUUUGUAUGAGUUUUUUAUAUGCUACUGGUAAGAUUAGGGCAAAUAAAUACAAAGAAUAAUUUGGUAGUAACAUUUACAGCUGUACGGAAACCGACUUAAACAGAGAAGAAGAGAAAACGCAGAAAGAAGCAUGGCUGCGGACAUGAGAUUACCCGCUAUUAGAAAAACUGUAUCUCUGUCAGUUUCUGCCUUCGACCGAAAAGAUCUGGUCGUCCCCGGCGAUGUUAUCACUUCAGACACUGGUUUCAUGAGGGGUCAUGGCACCUAUGUUGAUGAUGACAAGUUGACAGCUUCAGUCGCUGGCGAGGUGCAGAGGGUGGAUAAACUGAUAUGUGUCAAACCCCUUAAGACCAGAUUUAAUGGUGAGGUUGGAGAUGUAGUGGUUGGCAGAAUUACAGAGGUACAGCAAAAACGGUGGAAGGUGGAGACCAAUUCUCGACUGGACUCUGUUCUCCUGUUGUCAUCUGUCAAUCUUCCUGGAGGAGAGCUGAGGAGAAGAUCAGCAGAAGAUGAGCUCACCAUGAGAGAGUACCUUCAGGAGGGCGAUCUCAUCAGUGCAGAGGUGCAGUCUGUCUUCUCUGAUGGAGCCCUGUCACUUCACACCCGUAGUUUAAAAUAUGGAAAAUUGGGUCAAGGAGUGCUGGUACAGCUCUCCCCAUCUUUAAUUAAAAGACAGAAAACACAUUUCCACAACCUGCCAUGUGGUGCAUCCAUUAUCCUUGGGAAUAAUGGCUUUGUCUGGUUGUAUCCCACUCCGGGACAACAAGAGGAGGAAGCAGGGGGCUUUUACACCAGUCUAGAGCCUGUUAGCCUGUCAGAUCGAGAAGUGAUUUCACGGUUGAGAAACUGCCUGCUGGCUUUGGCGGCACACAAAGUCCUUUUGUAUGACACCAGUGUUCUCUACUGCUAUGAAUCGUCACUCCAGCAUCAGGUCAAGGACGUCUUGAAGCCAGAAGUGAUGGAGGAGAUCGUAAUGUUGACACAACAGAAGCUGUUGGAACAGGAAAGUUAAAGAGCUCAUAAACCUCAUGAAACUAAAGUAAUAUCAAGCAGCAGCAUAAGGGGACCUCAGACCCCUUAAAGACUGAAUAAGGUUCUUUUCAAACGACUUAUUUGUUAAAGUGAGCUAUUUGUUUGUGUUAGUAAUGAACUGAUGAUCAUUAUUGAAGUGGUAAUGGAAAAGAUAAAUAAACAUGAGAUAAAUAAAUAAAGUUUUAUCUUUACCUUUCAGAAAUAAAUGGAACACUUUUGAUAAUAUUUGGCAUUAUACAAAGCAAUUACAUGUAUUAUCUGAAAUAAAUUUUUGUAAUUUCUGUACAUUUUUACUAAUUUUCAGAUUGGUCUGUGUUGUGAACAAUGAAGAAAUGUACCAAAUGUGUUUGAAAACAGGUGUUUAAAAGGAUAGACCUUACAUAAACAAAAAUGCAUAUUCUUUAAAUUAAUUUUAUUAUAAAAUACUUGAUUAGCUAUUUGUUCUCUUAUACUUGUGGGCUAUUUUGAACAGUAUAUGUCAAAUGUUUGUUCUUGCAUUACACGUCAAACUGACAUUUAGCCGAAAUGAAAUUAAACUUUUGCGCAGUGUCUUGUUUAAGGCUUUGAAAAUUUCGCAAAAUGUACAAUUUAUGUUUUUUUUAGCAAGGGUUAUGGCAGUAGAUCUCAGCGGCGUUUAUUCUGCUUUUCUUCUUUCUUUGUGCACUGCUGUUUGUCCAUUCUGAUGUUCCAGCAUAAUAAAAUCCUGUGUACCG